GUCUAUGAACAAAGAUCAAUAAAGUUAUGUAAGUUUGAAUCAACAUGGCGGCACACGCGUCGCACUUGACAACGGGGUGUCUUUUAAGAUUUAUUUUAAAAGAGACAAACUUGUCCAAAAGAGGUUUGUGUGCAGGGUUUAACAGAGUUAGAGGUAGUUCGUCAUUAUGUACACCCCUGUCGGCACCUUGUUGUGCCCAUGAACGCAGUGUUUUGGUCAAGCACUAUGACAGCCUGGUGCGCUCCGCCUCACUAAGAGAAGAUGCCCAACAAAGAGCUGCACUUUCUCAACUAGAACAGUUAAAGAGAGUGAUGACAGACUACAACAACAUUCCUAUUUAUCUCCCUCUGUCUAAACACAGUAGUUUAAAAAGUCAAUCUAUCUACGAUUCAGAACUGGACAAUAUACUAAAGUCAAAAGAAAGGGAGGCAUGCAGGAGAGUAAGAGUUUCCAGUCCUGAAGGGGAUAAAGGUGAUAACAAUGCCACGCACAAGGAGACCCCAAAGCCACAACCUCCCUGUGGUUUCUAUAUCUAUGGUGAUGUUGGCACUGGAAAAACAAUGCUGAUGGAUCUUUUUUAUUCAUUUGUGGAAAACAGCAGAAAAAAGAGAGUUCACUUCAACGCAUUCAUGUUAGAUGUACAUAAAAGGAUCCACAAACUAAAACAAAGCCUGCCAAAGCGAAGGAUAGGUAAAAUGACAAUCUAUGACCCCAUCUUUCCGGUUGCUAUGGAGAUCGCAGAGGAAACCUGUCUCAUAUGCUUUGAUGAGUUUCAGGUGGUGGAUAUAGCAGAUGCCAUGAUUCUUAAGCAGUUAUUUGAAGGCUUGUUCAAGUGUGGCGUGGUAGUUGUUGCUACCUCAAAUCGAGCACCUGAAGAACUGUACAAAAACGGGCUUCAGAGGGCUGCUUUUGUGCCUUUCAUUGGUGUACUCAAGAAGCACUGUCAUACUAUCUCUCUUAACACUGGAAAAGACUACCGGACACUGGAAAUGGAGCUAGCAGGAAAACUAUACUACAUAUCAAGUGAGCCUGAUGCAGAGAAUGCUGUCAAUACGCUAUUUGAGGAACUGGCUUACAGACAAAAUGAUGUAACCAGACCAAGGGUGUUAAAUGUGCUUGGAAGAGAGGUUACCCUGAGCCGAACCUGUGGGACCAUCGCAGACUGCACCUUUCAAGAACUGUGUGAGCGACCAUUGGGUGCAGCUGAUUAUUUGGAAAUCGCACGUCUUUUUGACACGGUCAUCAUACGAAAUGUUCCUCAGCUUCGAGUUGGAAUGAAGGACCAAGCAAGACGCCUCAUCACACUCAUUGACAACUUUUAUGAUCGGAAGGUUAGGGUGGUGAUGUUGGCCCAUGCACCGCUAGACCGUCUCUUUGAUCAGGGACCGAUGACUGGAGAGGAGGCUAGAGAUCGGCUAAUGCUAGAUGAACUCGGCUUGACAGAUGAGGCCAGUAGGCGUUUGACAUUGUUUACAGCGGAGGAAGAGACCUUUGCGUUCCAGAGGACGGUGUCUCGACUCACAGAGAUGCAGACUGAACAGUACUGGGUUAGGGGUGACCGGAGUAAGAAGUAAACCAAAGCUCCAUUGCCAUUAACAACUACCUCUAUUACAGAAAACAUUUGCAGACCUUCCAAAACAUUCAGCACUCUUCCAUCACCACCACCAGAUACUGAGACCCUUUUCUUGUUACUGUCUUAACUGCAAAGCAACUACAAUCAUAUAUAUUCUUACUGUAUGCUUGCAAGACAUGAUGGGACAGUGUACAUGCUGAGAAAUGAGAAGAUGACUAGUGCCCUCUAGUGGAUAGUGAACUUUGUGGCAGUUUUCAUCAUUCAAAAACAAAUAUAAGAGGGAAGAAUGUUAAUUAUAAAUGUAAUGACAAAGUAUAUAUUUAAACUAUAUAUAAAUAAUGUGAUUUUUGCAAUUAUGCUGGCUUAAAUAUUUGAAUGGAUAAACAUUAUGAAACAUUAAAGACUGGAAGUAUGAAA